AAAAUCUAUAUUAAAAUGGAGGAAAAGAGUCAGGUUGUGGAACGAGAGGCUAAAAAAGAUGAAAUUCACGAAAAAGACGGAAAAUCCAAAAGGUGAGCGAUCGUUCAUUCGAUUCUUAAGAAGCACUUGUUGUAUAAUGUUGAUUUGAUGCGAUUUGAAAAUGUGUGAUACGAUUCAAUGUGAAUGUGAGUUAUGGAUGACCGGCAAUACCGUAAGCACAAUUUAAUGUUAUUUCUCGUCAUUCGUUAUAUUGUUGUUAGUAACAAUAUUUCCUUAUUAAUUUGAAACAAUGAAAGGAUUAUAGUAUUACAAUAAUAGUGAAACAGGUGUAUAUAAUACUAUAGACUUUUCACUACAUUAAUAGCUGCAUAUAAAUUCUAUCGUGCUUUGAAAAUGUUGAAGUUUCAAUAUCUUUAACCUGAUUAUUAUUAUAUAGGUUAAUAAGAGGAUGAUAUUUUUAAUUUAGUUCUGUAAAAAGACAUCGCAAGAAGAAGAACAAGAUGUCACAUGGCAAUGGCGAUAAUCACAACCACAGAGAUGAGCAUGAAAUGCACAGCGCGUGUAAUAUUUCUAUCAAGGAUAUACAAAUGGCAAUGGAGGUAUUUAAUAUACAACAGAAACCUGCCAAAACUCAAGAAGAGGCUAUGCAAAAACCUUAUCAGUUUUGGAGUACACAACCAGUACCAAAAAUGGAUGAGAAGAUAGUUAAAAAUGAACCCAUUGAGUCUGACAGAACAUCAAUUAGGGCAGAACCUUAUUCAUUACCAGCAGACUUUCAAUGGGACACAUUAAACCUUGAUGAUCCUUUAGUUUUAUCAGAAUUGUAUACUUUAUUGUCUGAGAAUUAUGUGGAAGACGAUGAUGCUAUGUUUAGAUUUGAUUAUCCACCAAACUUUCUGAAGUGGGCACUGCAAUCUCCUGGAUGGUGCAAAGAAUGGCACUGCGGAGUACGAGUAACUAAAAGCGGACGUCUAGUCGGUUUUAUCUCUGCUAUUCCAGCUACUCUGCGUGUUUAUAAUCAUACCCAAAAGAUGGUGGAAAUAAAUUUCUUAUGUGUACACAAAAAACUGAGGUCGAAGCGAGUUGCACCGGUGUUAAUACGUGAAAUAACUAGGAGAGUUAAUCUUGAGGGUAUAUUUCAGGCUGUAUAUACUGCUGGUGUUGUACUGCCAAAACCAAUAGCAACUUGCAGGUAUUGGCAUCGUUCUCUCAAUCCAAAAAAACUAAUUGAAGUAAAGUUUUCUCACUUGUCUCGCAAUAUGACUAUGCAGAGAACUUUAAAGUUGUUCAAACUGCCAGAAAAUACAAAAGUGCCAGGAUUUAGGAAAUUAGUCGAAGCAGACAUACCUCAAGCUCAUAAGAUAUUAACUGAUUAUUUGGAAAAAUUUGACUUGGCUCCAAUCUUCUCCAUCGAGGAGUUCCGACAUUGGUUCCUCCCACAGAACGAGAUUAUUAAUACUUUUGUAGUAGAAAAAGAUGGUAAAAUUACCGAUAUGGUUAGCUACUACACGUUGCCAAGCUCGAUAAUGCAUCACCAGACACAUAAGACGCUCAGGGCUGCAUACAGUUUCUACAACGUAUCCACAGCAACUCCUUGGCUCGAACUCAUGACCGACGCACUGAUAUCAGCUCGUAAUCUUGAUUUCGAUGUGUUUAAUGCAUUGGAUCUUAUGGACAACAAAGAAUUCUUAGAACCACUAAAAUUUGGCAUAGGUGACGGAAAUCUGCAAUAUUAUUUGUACAAUUGGCGUUGUCCUAGCAUGACGCCCGGGAAAAUUGGUUUGGUGCUCCAAUAAAGUUUAGAUGAACGUAUCCGAAAAGAAAGAAGAAAAACUUUCAUUUUUUAAGCUUGCACAUGCAAGCUUAAAAAACGAAAGUGACGAUAAACGGUGGAAAGAUAAUAUAUAUAUAUAUAAAGGACAUUGAAGCUGGGAGUAAAUGAUAUGAUUUAGAAUUCUACCGUCGAACAUCCAAAGCACGUUGAAAGAAAGGAAUCGAUAUUUCCUAUCUAACGAGUUAAAGUAGGAUGUUCCAUUGAGCUCGUUGGUUUCGCGGAUAUUAUCUUUUCGACCUUGAACUAAUGUCAGUUCUCAUGUCAGAGAGCUUCCGACUUCACUCUUGGUCAUGACAUUAGUUCAAGGUCGAAAUAUGCAUGUGCAACGUGUGUAUAUAGGUAUCUGCGUGACUCGAGUAAUGUAGAUAAUUAUCGUACGCUCUAGUAAUUUACAAAAAAAAAACUAUGCGGGACAAGUUUCCUUCCUAUAGGCAUCGUCGGCCGCAGAGUUACUUGAAAGUUCUUGACGAAAAAAAAAAAACAAGCUUCUUGAACUAUUUUAUUUGAAAUCAAUACGUUUUUUCCUCGACGCCUGUUUUAAUUAAAUAGAUGGCAAAGUGGGAGAGUGGAAGAUAAAAUUUAAAUAAAAGAAGAUCGAAGUAAAGCGGUCCAUUGUUUGCUUACCACCACUUACCUUCCCUUCGUUAUUCACACCAUAAAUUUCACUUUCAACUUGUAACCUACAUAUAUACACUCCUGCACGGAAUAAAAGUUCUGCUUAUCGCAUGUGAUGCGUCGUUUAUUGCCGGCACGGAAGGUUUCACGAUCGUUCGAUCAUUAAUUUCGAUGGUACCGUUUUCUUUUCCGGUAUCUUCGAAACACGUGAUUGCAUAACGAACGACCCGCUUCCGGCGACGAUUAGAUAGCGGUAAAACUAAAAAGACACAGAAAGAAACCAGUUUUUAAGGACUGUCAUUAAGGGAAAUACCGCUGACCCAACGGUGCGGCAUCAAACGUAAUUUAUGUUGUUCAAAUGUAAACUUCAUUAAAACAUAAAUAUAUACAAUUUCAGGCUGUAUUUCGGGUAAUUUCAAGUUCUCGGCUAAUUUCUUUUUUAUUUUUGUUCUUUUAAUCUUGAUAAUUCCAAGCUUUCGACUAAUUUCUUUUUUAUUUCUGCCCUUUCGGCUGACGUAUGUACUGUACGUGAGAGCAGCCGGUGGUUCUUAAUACAUACUCGAGGUCUUUGUAACAGUUGCUGCAGAUCAAUAUUUAACACAAUAUACGCACAACUGACACGCAAGGCCUUUUCAAGAUAAAAGGCGCCAAACCAUGGCCCUGUGACGAUUAAACUCUACGAUAUUUACACGCUCGUUUUUUUUUCAUUUAUUUGCUAACGUUUUUCAAUCUGUGUUGCCUUGAUACUGCCUGAAUUGCGAAUACUGAUUUUAUGAUAAUUAAAUUAAUUGCGAAUUUUUAUUCACUUAAAUUUCAAAGUCCAAAAAAGCAUAUAAUACACGUAAUACUAAAAAAUAUGUAAAACAUUCACAGCACGGUGCUGUUUAUUCAAGGAUAGAAGCAAUUUUUUAUUUAAUUCCUACUUUUUUAGUAUGAUGUGCAGGGAAAUUUAAAUUUGCGUAAACUAUUUACAAUCUAUAAAUAAUUUUAUUUAUUGAGCUUCAAUCAAUUGUCCUCCUCUAUACAUCCUACGAUAUGUCGUUUAUCUAGAAACAUGACAUUACGAAAUAGCACACUCUUCGAUGUACGCACAAGUGAAUAACGAUUGUGCAAACUAAUGGUGACAGGAAAAAAUAUCUUUGAUCGUAUAACUUCGCAGUAGAAAAAUUUACCGAUCAAUUCUGGAAUAAUGUUGAAAACAGAUGUUAAACUUACCUCGUUUCAUUCUUCCAUUCAAUUUGUUCAUUCUCAUUAUCUUUCGAUUAUUUUUACGAUUAUGAUUACUAAUUUGUAUUUAAUUUAAUUUCAGCUUAGUGAAAUCAAUGAUAUUCACAGAUGACAAAUACUUGAAACGUAUAUCGCUACUAUGAUAUUAUUAGUAUGAUUAAUGGUAAAAAGUGGAAUUUAUUAUUGCCUUGGUUGUUAUCAUGCUUUUAUUAUCUUAAUGCGUAAAGAGAAGCCCACGAAAGCGGACUUUAAAUACCCUUAUAAAAAUGUUUCACCUAAGUCAAUCCGACCAUUAAGAUUAAGAACACGUUCGUUACUUCCAAUCUCGACGAUUUGUUUUGCUUGUACAAGUUUCAUGAUUAUUUUCAAAUUCGGGUGUUCAAGCGUGGAUAAAAUUAACGUUUAAUCAGAGUGUUUUCUACUGGCAAGUUUUCGCAAAAUGGGAACACGCUCUUCGACACAACAGGCUGAAGAAUUGUUUUAUUAGAUUCCAUACGAUCGCGAAAUGUACAAAAAGUACAACGAAAAAAAAAGGAUAAUGUAUAGUAGAAAUAUGGGCUACCCGCAUAUACUAUCUGUAACAUCCUUAUAAUUGUUUGAUAUUAUAACACGGUUAAUAAGAUAAAUAGUUUACUAUUAUUUCUAAUUAUUAUUGCGAUUGUGGGAUAUAAAAAUCGAUUAAAACAAAACUAUAUAUUAUAACUAUAUAUAUAUAUUGUAAAUUUUUUCAUUUUAUACGGAUAUUUAAAAAUGAUUUUAUUUAUAUAAAUUGUUACAUUAUUUUUGUUAAAUUAUUAAUUAUUUAUUAGAAUAUUAAAUUUAUAAAUUAUUUCACGUUACAAGACUGCGGAUUUUUAUUCAAAUUCUACACAUUUUCACUAUAAUCGAAUAUAGUUGAAAAAAUA